AUGAAUGUUUCUGGGAAUAAUCAGGAGCAGGAGUCGUGGUACCGCGACGCCUUCAUCAAGAACCUGACUGUUGUUCUCCUCGGGAUCGUUAUAAACUACCUCAACGGCAGCAUGGUGCAUACCUUCCACCGAGAAGAGGUCCUCCGAGAAAACCCCCGCUACGUGCUCUUCAUCCACCUGGUGGUCAACGACAUGAUCCAACUCUUCAUCACUAUCUCCCUCUUCAUCUGCACCUAUGUCUUUCUCACCAUCAACGUGUCAGUAUGCUGCCUGCUGAUGACUGCUGCUGUCUUCACCACCCAGAACACCCCUCUCAACCUGGCCACCAUGGCGGUGGAGUGCUACGUGGCUGUCUGCCUCCCGCUCCGCUAUGCCACAGUGUGCACGUUGCGGCGUGCGCACCUGGCCAUCGGCCUGAUGUGGGCCACCAGUGCUCUGACGGUGCUUCCCGACCUCUUCAUACUUUUAGCCACCGAGCCGCUGAACUUCUUCCUGUCCCGCGUUUACUGCGACCGGGACAGAGUUUUCCGCAGCAUCUACAGCGUGGCCAAGCGAGACGCCACCAACAUCACCUUACUAGUCAUUGUGUGGCUCACGCUCCUCUACACCUACUUCAACAUCUUGUUCGCCGCAAGGUCAGCCAGCACGGACGUCAAGAAAGCGCGCAACACCGUCCUGCUGCAUGGCUUCCAGGUGCUGCUGUGCAUGAUGGUGUAUGUUCAGCCCAUUAUGCUGAAGGGCUUCAUGCUGCUCUUCCCUGAACAUUUCUCUAUGUUGCGCUUCCUCUCUUUCAUCCUGACCCAGAUCCUUCCCCGUUUUGUCAACCCCAUCCUGUACGGUCUCAGAGACAAGACCUUCCGGAGGUACCUGAAGAAGUAUAUCCUGGGUAGGAGCCGGCCCUGCGGCCGGAUGAAGAGCUUCUCCUGA